AUGGACUUCGUAGGGCCAACAUCAAAAUUGUCAAAAGGAAAUCAAUAUGUGAUUGUGUUAACCGAUAUGUUUUCAAAAUUUUUCAUAACAAAAGCUGUACGAGACUGUUCAUCAACAACAGCAGCACAAUUUUUAUUGGAAGAAGUAAUCUUGAAGUAUGGAACACCAAAAGAACUAGUCACCAAUGGAAGUUACCUUACAUCAGCUUUAUUUGAGUCACUCUUAAAAUUAGUGGGGUCGUGUCAUAUCAGAGUCACACCAUAUCAUCCACAAGCCAAUAGACAAUGUGAAAGAUAUAAUGCUACGUUCCUACCAAAGGUAUUAACACUUGCUAAUUCAACAAAAACGAAUUGGGACGAAAUGUUAUUGCUGACAACAUUCAAUUAUAACAACACACAACGUGCUAUAACAAAAUUUACAUCUUUUGAAUUGAUGUAUAGUAGAAAUUGUAGACUUUUGGUAGAUCCAGUAGGUGAAACAGGUGAAUUACCAGAUCCACAACAAUAG